GCUGGUGGACGAGGAGGCUGCGCGCCCCACUGCCUCCCCGCCCCGCGCGCGCUAGAGCGCGCUCCGCUCCGCUGGGCACCCCUGGUUGUGCUGCACCAGGCAGCCGCCGCCUUCGCCGGACCCACGCAGGUCCGCACCCUGCAGAGGCUAGCGCGCGUCUGAUUCCAGCCAGGCGGUGGGCGGCGACCCAGCCCUUUAGGACUCCUGCAGCCUCUGCGCGCGCUGGGACUUCUGGGGGGACAGGAGAGGCCCCCAGAGGCUCGGAUUUCAGCCGGCUGUUUUCUACGUCUCAGCUGCGACACAGAGGUUCUGGAGCAAACCCCCCGGUCAGCCCUCAGGAAAGCGCCUGGAGAGCGAUCACUUGGAAUCCCUGCAAAAACUGCGCGGGGAGACCAAGCGCCGCCGGCUUGUAGUCGCGGGCAGCCCUCUCGGCGAGCUGUGCGGAGCGCUGCAUCAGGCGGACUGUGCCCCGGGAGCGCCGCGGGAAGGGAGAGGUCCCAGCAACAGGUGCAGGCGAAAGCCACUCCCGGCCCGAGGGAAGCGGCCGGCAGGGACCAGGGAGCGGUAAGGCGCGGAGGGGUCCCUCCACCUCUGCAGCUGCCCUGGCGGGUCUCUCUUCCCCGUCUUGGCGGCCACGCAGAAGGCAGCGGCGCCCGGGGCAGAGGGAACCCCGCGCUCCCGGGACUGUCACCCCCUCCCGGGAAGGGACGGAUCUGGGCUCCUCGCGGGCGGCCCCGCGCAAAGACGGUGGCAGGAGGUUCAGCCGCAGGGUGCGUGCCCAUCCCGGAGCCUCAGGAUCGGAAACUCGCCCUCUGCGUGCUGGGAUCGGGACCCCCUGCGUCCUCCGGAGUCUUCCUUAGCAGGCACCGUCGUUGGCGCGCCUGGGCGCCCGCGCACCAUGGAGCUCGCGGCCGGGAACCUCAGCGAGGGGAACGCAAGCGGGCCCGAGCCCCCCGCCCCGGAGCCCAGGCCGCUCUUCGGCGUCGGCGUGGAGAACUUCGUCACGCUGGUGCUGUUCGGCCUGAUCUUCGCGUUCGGCGUGCUGGGCAACAGCCUGGUGAUCACCGUGCUGGCGCGCAGCAAGCCGGGCAAGCCGCGCAGCACCACCAACCUGUUCAUUCUCAACCUGAGCAUCGCCGACCUGGCCUACCUGCUCUUCUGUAUCCCCUUCCAGGCCACGGUGUACGCGCUGCCCACCUGGGUGCUGGGCGCCUUCAUCUGCAGGUUCAUCCACUACUUCUUCACCGUCUCCAUGCUGGUCAGCAUCUUCACCCUGGCCGCGAUGUCGGUGGACCGCUAUGUGGCCAUCGUGCACUCUCGGCGCUCCCUCUCCCUGCGGGUGUCCCGCAACGCGCUGCUGGGCCUGGGCUUCAUCUGGGCGCUGUCCAUCGCGAUGGCCUUGCCCGUGGCCUACCACCACCGCCUCUUCCACUGGGAAGUCAGCAACCAGACCUUCUGCUGGGAGCAGUGGCCCAACCAGGGCCACAAGAAGGCCUACGUGGUGUGCACGUUUGUCUUCGGUUACCUGCUGCCGCUUCUGCUCAUUUGCUUCUGCUAUGCUAAGGUCCUGAAUCACUUGCAUAAGAAGUUGAAGAACAUGUCGAAGAAGUCGGAAGCAUCAAAGAAAAAGACCGCGCAGACCGUUCUGGUGGUGGUCGUGGUUUUCGGGAUAUCCUGGCUGCCGCACCACGUCAUCAAUCUCUGGGCCGAGUUCGGGGUUUUCCCGCUGACCCCCGCCUCCUUCCUCUUCAGAAUCGCCGCCCACUGCCUGGCCUACAGCAAUUCCUCGGUGAACCCCAUCAUAUACGCUUUUCUGUCUGAGAAUUUCAGGAAGGCCUACAAGCAGGUGUUCCACUGCCACGUUCGCGGCACCUCGCCUCUUAGUGACGGUAAAGAGAACAGGAGUCGGGUGGACAACCCACCGUCCACCAACUGCACCCACGUGUGACAGGAUGCUGGUGACGCUGUGGGCUUCCGCGCACGUCACCGUACAGCGAUGGCGAGCAAGCGGGCAACUCCCGAUGCUCACAAUGACCCGUCCAUUUUAAUGCGAUUCCACUUGGUUUAAAAAAAAAAGUGCUUUGGUCCAUUUAGGAAAUCUCUCGGUCUAGUAAAGAUUACUUCUACAUUUUAUUUCAAAAACAAAAGAAAAUACCAACUAGUUUUAUGCCUCUACAGAAAUGAAAGUUCAACAGAGUUCCCUAGACACAUUCAAGUCUUCACAGGAUAAAGGAUCAGGACCGAUAAAUAUGGUUGGGAAUACGGGUAAUCUGCAUUAUGAACCAAAUUUAUUUAGAAAAAAAACAUGUAUGUGUUUAUUCUUCGAUUUUAAGAGAAGAAGUAAUGUUCUAAGCUGUGUGUUUUAAGAUAUGAUCAUGGACACAUGAUGGAAGUUUUACCUGAAUUUAAUUUUUGUGGCCAUUUGCACAGACACGUCUCUUAAAUGGAAGCGAGACUUUGCCGAGUUUCUUUGCUCAGGCUGUGUUUAUUCCCACCUUUAAACAGGGAACAGGGUUUCUGGGGCCCACCUGCAACCGUGUGUGAUCAUGAGGUCCGUUAACUAUCCCCGGAGGCCAGCAGGGCAGUGCCCUGCGACUCGGGGUGGCAGCUGUGGGCGCCGUCCUUUAAACUAUCCUGUGAUGUACACUUUGUAGAGUUAACCAAAAAAAAAAAAAGAAAAAAAGAAGAAAUAUCAGGGGAAAAUGCCAAAUGCAGGUAUUCUAACAGUGGAAGCUUCAGGUAAGAUUUGAAAAGGAAACUGGUCACUGCCGUUUCAUAAAUCUUCAUAAGUCGUUAUGCCUUAAAUGGAACUGAACUAGAGUUAAAAAAAUCAGUCGGCGAGGAUGCGGUGUAGGUACUUUCUCUGGGGCCGGAGAGAAGUCAGGAUUGGUAAGCCGCGUGCAGCAGGCGCACGCCACGCCCGGAGAGCAUACUUGACGUUGAUUCGGGUGACAUUUCGGGGCUGGUAUACCCAGGGACACAUGCUGUACAAACAGAUGCUUUUCUCAUUAAAUUCUUUGUAAAGUUAAAUGCACAUUUUCCCCAAGUAUUGCCUUCUCCAGAAAUGUUAAUUUGAGGUUAAAAUGAUCACUAGCUGAAUUUCAAAUAGUUUUCAUGACAGCUUCAUAUUUGUUUAUGUUUACAAUGAAAAAGUGGGAUGAAAAGAUUAAAUUAUCCCACCUUAGAAGAGUAGUUUUCAGACGGCAGGACUUGGACAGGUUUUAGGAGAAUACAAAAACAACAAGACUUUUUUUUUUAAAGGGUUUAGCAUAAUGUACACCUGUGUAAAAUCAAGAUUCCAUAUGAAAUAUCAUAUUUUAGGAAAAAAACUCGAUAUACGUGUUUGCAUGUUAACUUCUUUAGCUUGUGAAUUGAUCGUCAGUAGUCAUAUUCCUCCAGCAAACAGAGUUUAUGUCCGCGAUGGGACAACUGACUCUCCAGCCAGAAGAGGGAAAGUUCUUUGACAGGACGGGCAAUCACGAGCGUCCUGUUUAAUGGCUGGGAAAGCCGUUGCGUGUCUGCGUGUGAGUCUUUUAAAGAAUAGCUUAAGUCCUUGGUGUGUGGACAUUGUUUGCACUUUAUUAAAUACAGCAGCGGAAACAUUGUGUCCCGACGGAGAUACCUCAUGUGCUUUGUGGGACUUGAAGCUGCCGUUGCAAACGCUGAACAGGUUGUGUGUCGACUCACACAGCCGCAGGAGAAGUGCCAGAGGUCCUGGCUGCCUGUGACCUUGCCCGGCUGACCAAGACUUCCCACCCCACGGCCGUUCCUCGGUUUUCCUCCUCCGAUUCCUCCACACAGACCUGGAAGCGCAGGAAGAAUACAGGGCCCGAGGCUGCGUUUUGCAAGCAGCCUGUGGGCGUCGUGCUGCCCUGUGACGUAUUUACUGACCCACACUGAUUCUUUGGAUCCUUCCCACGUGCUGUUGGCAGGACAGAAGCGAGAGGCAUCCCUGGCGUCAUCGCUGGUCCCUGGGAGGCCCCGCAGGUGCCAAGGGUAGAUGCAGAUCCCUUCCUCUUGGGGUCGGAGCGGGCGUUUCUCCUGCCGUCGACAGUCGUCGUCUUCCGAGCACCCGUGGCCGCGGUGCGGCAAAUGUCGAUGCUGGUGAUCACGUACGCCCCGCAAAGAUCUGCCGCUCUGUCAAGCUGUCUGCCUGGGGAGUUCCAGAAGGACGGUAACAGACUGCAGUCGCCCGGAGACGUGUCCGAGCGUCUCCUUCCUGGGGGGUGGUUCCUCUAACGCAUCAUCCGUGUGACCAGAUCAGAAACGCCUUUGCUUCCCUCCCUAAAUAAAGACGGCCUCCCACAGACACACUUUCUCUUGCGACAGCCGGACUCCAGGAGAAAUGCUCUAUUUGCCUUUGAAGUCGGGCUGCUUGGAAACCAGGUUUUGCAGGGGGACUUCAAAGAAAAUUGAAGUUUUCUCCUUUAGAUUUGGUGCCUCAGCAUCCCAAGAUGGUGGUUAUUUUUCUGGGCAUUCGCUUUCCCAUUUGGAGACUGGCUCUGGGAGGUUAAUUAGCCAAAUUGCUGGCAGCUCCUUAUGUACAUGCCCAGUGUCACUCUUCUACUGAGAACAGCGCGUGGUUGGGAAGCCUUUCCCGCGCCGCCUUCCCGGAGAUCUCGUCGGUGGAUGCUCUCUGCCGCUCUGACCGUGUGCGUUGCUCACAGGCCGCUCUCUGAACAUCUGAGGCACACAGUUUUGCUUUUAAUGCCAUUGUUCGAUGCGCCCACUGAGCGUGGAACAGUCCUCUCCUGCUCUUCCUCCGCCCACGCCGUCUCGGGCUGCUCUCGACUGUGAUGCUGACGUCGUGCAGUCCCUCCUUGGACUCCAUUACACCGAGUGACGGUGAAGACGGAGGCGUGCAGAGGGAGCUGCAGGAACCCCUCGGGCUACGAGCUGCUUGUGAGUCAGCUGUCACCUGGGGCCCGGCAGGGGACGGCACUGACCCAGCGCCUCGGACGUGUGGAGACGGCGUGGUUCGGAGUGCCCAAGUGUUAGCUGAAAGCCCCCCUCGGGCUUCUCGGGAGCCGGGGAGAGGAGCCCCCCUGGGCCUCUGUCUCCUUCCGCAGAUGCCCCGAUGCUGGUGAGUCCCAAAACCCCAAAACGCUCCCGCUGAGCCCACCUUGCAUUAAAUAUGGUGACGGAUGGCUUCACCAUGUUCUUGCUUAAAGGAAAUUCUUAAAAGCAUGUCCUUAAACCACACAAUCAUGUAAUUUGUGUAAAUAAUCCAUGUGGCUACUUCCUCUGGAAACUUGUCAUCUAAAAUGUAUAAAUCUGAUCUACACUGACUGCAGAUGUCUCCCAGGUUUUAGAUUUGUGAGUGGCUUUCUAGAUAAGGCAGUCAUGUUCUUCUUGACCACGAAGAAAUGUUGUGUAUUAGGUUAUUUGUCAGGUGGAUGUUAAUGACUCGUUUACGUCAAAAAGCCACAGAGAGCACGAGUGACCUAAAACGCUGAUGGUUACUGACUGUCUUGGGAAGAAACAAUUACAGGAUGCAAUUAUGCCUGAUUUGAUAAAGUUUCUAGGGUUUUUCCUUCACAAGUGGAGAACGUGAGCCUGAGGAACAAGUUCGCACACGGACGUCUUUGUCCAAGGAGGGCGGGCCACGUCCUGUGACGCAUCACCCAGAGAGCUUCAUUUACUUUUCUUAGCCGGACAGGUUCACUCACAGCUCUUUAACGUGGCCGCCCUUCUGGGAUUCAGAGGCGGGCAGAUCGCUUUGAUUUGGCAAGAGCUUUAGAAACAGUGGCAGGCCCUGGGCGUGCGCUUCCCCGAAUGCUAGACGCUGCUCACCGCCGGCUCCCGGCACACGCUCUGCGCCUCUGGCCUCCAGCCCCUGUUCAAGUGCAUCUGAGGACUCGGGUGCUGUCCUGGGUGCAGCUGCACCGGGAGGGGUCAUCCUGGCAGGUGGAGAGGAUGCUCUUAGCUCUUGUGUACGUUGUGGAAAUCACCACAGCUGGGCUGCCUCGUCUGCCCCAACACUGGCUACGUUUCCCAUGUUUAAACAAUUGUAUGGAGAACUGGUCCUAUGGUUAAAGGUUUUGAUGUCGCUUUUGAGGUGGAAAGCCUUGUCCUUUCUGGUGGCAAACACGAUUUCUGGAUAUCUCUGGGUAUGUUGUGUGAGUCCGGAUUGCCAGCAUUAGAGAGGUCUCACCACCAGCUGCUGGAAGAGAUUGGAGCUGGGACCCAGCAUUUAAAUCCCUUACUCUCCGGCAGUGGUAACCUAUCAACUAGGGCAAAUCUUGGGGUCCACUACGGGCUUCUACGGAACAGCAUGCACUGUAGCACCUUAUUUCAAAAGAUUGAGUAUUGACUGUUAGAGCCGAACGGUUUCUGUGUCUUUGUCCUGAAGACCACGGAGGAUCUGUGAAGCUCUCUCUCCCCCUUUGGCGAGCUUGUUUUGGGUCAUCAAGGCAACCUGCCAUCCAGCGGGUAAAAAUGGGCUGGUGCUGGGGCUGGUGCUGGUGAGGAGUGGAUUGUCUGGGAGCCCUUUACAGUGUGUCAGCUUCAGAGCUGGCGUGAGGCACUGUCCAGGCAUGGGAAAGGUUGUGUCUGUGUGGCCAGAUGCACCUGUCACCGGCACUGCUGACGUGGCAGUCGAUAUAACAUGUUUUGGGGUGACGGGAUGAGUGUCAGCCCCUAGGACAAAUUUGUGAAGAACCCGCCGAUGGAGCUUAGGUAAUGGGGUCCCAAAGGUGACACGGGAGGCUCCACGAUGUAACAGGCGGGGCUAGUACCUAAAGGAUCCCUGGAGGUUCCAGAAAUUGGAGAACGUCCCCCAGAUGUUGGGUGCUGAGCCUGCUCCUUGGGGACCUCAGGCUCCAUAGAUCCUCAGGGCCGAGCACGGAGGAGGGAGCGGGGCUGGGCGAGCAGACGCCAGGCUCCUCUGUGGUUCCGCCAGAGCCCACCUGCCUCAGGCCGGCUCUGGAUUUACAUCCCACAGGCGGAGACUUAGAUACAACCAAACCAAUGCAAUUUGUGAUCUUCCAAAUUUGUCAUUGUUGAGGGAUCCUUGAAUGGCCAACACUUUUCAUAUCUUUGGGUUUCUUUUUGUUGUUGUUGUUGUUGUUUUGCUGGAUUCAUAACUUUCUCCUGGUUUCCCUAUGCGUAUUUCUCCUUUUAACAGUGGAAUGUCAGAAACAGAAGCCUUUUUUUUUUCUUUUAGAGAUUAUUUAUUUAUUUAUUUAUUUGAUAGAGAGAGAGAGAGAGAAUGAAUGAGAGAGAAGCAGACUCCCCACUGAGCAGGGAGCCUGAUGCGGGGCUCGAUCCCAGGACCCUGAGAUCACGACCUGAGUCGAAGGCAGAGGCUUACCCCACUGAGCCACCCAGGCACAGAAGCCUCGCAGAAACAGAAGCUUUAAGAGAAAAUGACUUUUGUAAGGAUUGCAGAUGACCAUUUUCUUCAGAGAACUCAUGCCCAGGUCCUCUGUGGUGCUGAUUCUGGUGAUGUCACAGCACAGGAGCUCCCGUCACAGCAGAGAGGGGUCAGAAACAGGCAACUGGCUGCAGCCACAGCAGCUCUCCUGGGCCCCUCCCUCUUGUUGUGCAGGACGAGUCUUCCCGCCCUGCUCUGCACCCCCCGCAUCUGCUUCGCUAAGAGAACGGAGCAGGGGAACGGCCUUUUCAUGAGCCCCAGGUUAGCAAGAGCACUUUCUGAUUGGCCAUGACUGAAGAUGAAAUUUAGCUGAGCUCCUUGGGGCACAGAACCACCAAAGUGAAAGGGUCAGAAUCCAAUUAUAAAUGGCUGUCUCUCCAAUUAACCUGCCAGUGCGGGUACCGCUCGUUAAACAGUCUCCUUUCAGAAACGACCAAGUCCGAGAAAGCAGAAGUGCGGCGGCAGGGGGGUGGGGGUGUCCAUGCUGAUUUUCACUGCAAACAUCUCCAUCUUGUUAGGAAAGAAAUAUCAUUGUGAACACGUAGAUGCGGCUCAUUUUGUCCAGCUUUGGCUAAGAGAAACUACUGCUUCCAAUGAAAGGCACAUUGCUUUUCCACUCAAGGGACUGUUGCUGGUGUAUAAACGUAAGGUAGUGACGUGGAUUGCAGGGGUGCAGCUCAGAGCAGGAACCCUAUCCUGCUUACUUAUCCUUGUAGCCUCAAGGUCCUUGGGAAGCCUCACAGGGAAGAUAUUACUGAGUGAGAGCAGAUGCCUCAUGGGUGAUAUUUUCAAAACAGGGCUAAUGUGGACAAAGAAUUAAAUCUCACAAUCCUCUUUAUAUUAAAUCAGUUUAUAAUUUAGGAAUAUUUGCAACCUGAAAUGGAUACAUAAGUAUUAUUUUCCAUACAUUGAGUUUUCCAAGAGUCAUGUUUUAUUGCCAUGUAUUUCAUAAAGAUUGAAGAUUUGACACUGAGGGUUAGAAAUGCAAUGUCUCCUUAAACGUGGUUGGGAGAUCUUUUAAUUUCUCAAUUUCUAUCUGCCUGUGUGUGGAGGAGAGCUGUGCCUUGUACAAAAGGUCAUGGGCAUUAGGGUCCUUCAGGGAAGGUUUGGUUUAAUUAACCCUGCUGGUCAGCUGCUGUUGGAAAUGCAGUCUUUGGAUAGCCUCACGUGUAAAAGAAGACUUGAAAGGGAUGAACGUUGCUCAAAAUGGAAAUACGUUGGAAUAAACUGGGAAUUCUGCCAAAGGUAUUUAUUCCUGAUGCUCUGGGCUCUCCCUAGAGUUGUGGUUCUCAAACUUUACCAAGUAUCAGAAUCUUAUGGAAAGUUUAAAAUAGAUUACUGGGCCCUACCUCCAGAAUUUCUGAUUUGGUUGCAUUUGGGGUAGAGUCCCAAGAUUUGCCUUUCUAACAAGCUUUUUGGUGCAAGUCCAAUGACAGCAUUCUCAGACCUCGUUCCUGAUUUGAUUGGGUUGGAGUUGGAGCACAGGCGUCUUUGUAAGGCCACAGGCAGUAGCCAGAGUUCAGAACUGUUCAAGUGGAGUGGAUGACUCGCUUUGUGUCUGAACCUCUGUGGUUCCAUGAGAAGGAAAUUGCUUAUGUGGGGCCUAAAUCAUUCGGAUUUUAUUGUUUACAUGGAUCAGAUUAAUGAAAUAUCCAUUCAACUAUCAUACUAGCCUCUCUGCAGAAACUUACAAAUUUUAAAAAUGUGAAGGAGUUUGAUAACUUACAUGUAAGGAUUUCAGAGAUUAUAAUAUAUUUUCUCUUCCAAAACAUAGCUUGGUGGAAAGGAACACCUGUACUUUAAUUUUGUCCCCUCCCCCCCAAAAGAGGGGAGUGAAUAUAGCAUUCCAAUUGUUACAUGUGAAUUUUUGAACUAAAUGUUUAAACUAAAUAAAUGUGUGUCUUUCUGUGCAGCUGCUAAUUUUUAACUACAUUAUUAUCUCUAAGAGAUAAAUGUAACUUCUCUGUCUUUCAAGUUUUUCAAUUGUCUCCUCAUAACAUUGUGGUGUGGAUAAGGAAGAAAACCCGUGUGUAUUGACUUUUUCUUUUUUAUUUCACUGGUGUGAUUGCUUGCACACUGCUGUGCACAUAAUGAGAGCGUGGGUCCUCUUACAGCAGACGCUGUUACCGCAAUUCUCGGACUUUGUUUCUCUAAAGUACUCUCUCGUCGGCUGUACAGCCAGCAUGAACAUAACGUGUCAGUUGAGCAUGAACACCCAUAAACUUCCCAAGCCAAAGCAGAAAUGAAGCUCACGUUAAUGCGCUUGGUACCCGAGGUAGCGCUCCCCAAUCACUCAGUGUUCUGCAGGGUGUCUGGGUGGAGUUUGUGGUUGGAAUCAAUUUCAUGAAUUGAAAAUAAAAUUUGUUCCUCAAA